AUGGGAAGAAUCUACUUUCUGAUUUCUUUUGCAAUUGUACUGAUGUCAUAUAACUUGGCUUUCUUAACCAGAACAAUUGCAGGCGUAAAUGCUGACCAAUCUGCUCUUCUUUCUUUAAAGAAGACUAUCACUAUAGAUCCCAAACAAUUAACAGUGAAAAACUGGUCCAUCAAUGCCUCGGUAUGCAGCUGGAUUGGAGUCACCUGCAAUUCACGCCACCACAGAGUUGCAGAGUUGAAUCUUGCAAACAUGGGAUUAACAGGCAGCAUCCCUCCGCAGUUGGGAAACCUAUCCUUUCUAAUUUACCUUAAUCUUAGUGGCAACCGUUUUCAUGGCAAACUUCCAGGAGAGUUAGCUCACUUGCGCAGGUUAAAAUUCAUGGAUUUUAGUGUCAACGAUUUUUCUGGGGGGAUACCAUCAAGUCUUGGUCUAUUACCAAAUCUUGAACAGUUGAUUAUUGCUAACAACUCUUUUGAAGGAGCCAUUCCAUCUUCUCUCUGUAACCUGUCGAGGCUGGAGAUCCUGAACAUGGACUUCAAUUCUCUACAAGAACAGAUUCCAUUAGAUAUCGGCAAUCUUGGUAGCCUAAAAAUUUUGAGCAUGAAAAGCAACAGAAUUUCUGGUUUUUUACCAAGAUCAAUAUCGCAAAUCUCUUCACUGGAAAUCAUGGAUCUUACGAAAAACUUCUUGUCCGGCAAUAUUCCAGAAGACGUGUGCCAUAAUGUAACCAAACUCAGAUUUCUGUUACUCGCAUCUAACAGCCUAAAUGGCCCAAUUCCAUUGGAUAUAUCAGAAUGCACAGAACUUAAAGUGUUGGCCCUGCAAAGUAACAACUUAAAAGGACUCAUUCCAAGACAAAUAGGGAAUCUGACUAUGCUUAAGGUGCUAUAUCUCGACAACAACAUUUUAGAAGGCUUUAUACCCCAGGAGCUGGGAUAUCUUCAGGGAUUGGAAGAACUAAAUUUGGCAUCUAGUAACUUGAGGGGCUCUAUUCCAGACAGCCUCUUCAACAUCUCGAGAUUAAGAAAGUUAAAUCUCGUCAGUAAUUCCCUUUCAGGCUCUCUUCCAUCAAGUAUAGGCAAUAACAUGCCUAAUCUUGAAAUUCUCUUUAUUGACCUAAAUAACCUCACAGGACCUAUCCCCGAUUCUAUUUCAAAUUCUUCGAAACUAAUGUUCCUAGACCUUUCUGGUAAUCAGUUUACCGGUCCAAUUCCCGGUAGUCUUGGUAACCUAAGAUUCCUCCAAUCUCUCUCCCUCAGUGAGAACAAUUUGGAAGCUGAUCAAGAGCUGAGCUUCAUCACUUCCUUGACCAGAUGUAGAUAUCUAAGAGAAAUUUCGGUUGGUCUUAAUCCUCUUAAUGGCAUCCUUCCAGAAUCCAUUGGGAACAUCUCUAAUCUUGAUUUCUUUGAGGCAAGUUAUUGUGAACUUAAGGGUGGCAUACCAAAACAGAUAAGCAACUUGAGCAACUUGAUACUAAUAAGUUUAUCUCACAAUGAUUUGAGUGGAUUUAUUCCAUAUGAAUUCAAUGGUUUGCAGCAGCUGCAGGGAUUAUAUUGUCAGUUCAACAACAUAGGAGGAAUAAUUCCAACGAGUCUUUGUCAUUUGCCUAACUUGUUUGCAUUGUCGUUGGUGGGUAAUCAAAUUCUUGGAGCAUUGCCUGAAUGCAUAGGCAAUGUUACUUCUCUAAGACAUCUUUUUCUUGGUUCCAACAAAUUAACAUCUAGCAUACCUGCAAGCCUUUGGAAUCUUAAAAAUAUCCUGUAUUUCAAUCUGACCUCAAAUCUCUUGAAUGGAUCCCUACCACCUGAAGUUGCAAGAUUACAGGCUGCAAUUCAAUUAGAUCUAUCGCAGAAUCAGUUCUCAGGCCAUAUUCCAAGUACAAUAACUGAGAUGCCAAACUUGAUCAAUCUGUCCUUGGCUGAUAAUAAAUUUGAAGGAAAUAUUCCAGACUCAAUGGGGAAAUUGAUUAGUUUAGAAAUUCUGGAUCUAUCCAACAACAGUCUCACUGGCAUGAUCCCAAAGUCACUCGAGGCCCUUCAACAUCUAAUGUAUUUCAACGUAUCGUUCAACAAAUUUAGUGGCGAAAUUCCAAGUGGAGGACCCUUCGAGAAUUUCACUUACCUUUCUUUUAUGUCAAAUGAAGCCAUUUGUGGUAAACCUCAAUUCCAUGUCCAACCUUGUCGAGCAGUCACCUUGGUCAUCAUACUUCUGUGGUUAAGAUACCGAAGAAGACAGGUUCAAGGUCAAGCUGAUUCAAUACCUGCUAAUAUGCUUCAAAGAAUUUCAUUCUAUCAGCUUCAACAAGCAACUGAUGGGUUUAAUGAUAGAAACUUGCUUGGCAAAGGAAGUUUUGGAUCUGUUUUCAAGGGGUCAUUUACUGAUGGGACAAUUGUUGCCAUAAAAGUGUUUCAUUUGCAAAUGGAGGGUGCAUUCAAGAGUUUUGAAAUAGAGUGUGAAGUGUUAAGAAACCUUCGUCACCGGAAUCUCACCAAAGUUAUCAGCAGUUGCUCCAAUCUUGAUUUUAAGGCUUUAGUCCUUGAGUACAUGCCUAAUGGGAGCCUAGAAGAGUGGUUGCAUUCUGAUGGUCAUUCCUUGGAUAUUAUUCAGAGAUUGAACAUUAUAACAGAUGUAGCACAUGCAAUUGGGUAUCUCCACCAUGGUUACUCAACCCCGGUGGUUCACUGUGACUUGAAGCCUAGCAAUGUCUUGCUAGAUCACAAUCUGGUUGGACAUGUGAGCGAUUUUGGCAUUGCGAAACUUUUAGGUGAGGAAGAAACUAUUUGGCAUACCACGACCCUAGCUACAUUUGGUUAUAUGGCACCAGAAUAUGGAGCGGAAGGAAUUGUUACAACAAGAUGUGAUGUUUAUAGUUAUGGCAUUAUGUUGAUGGAGACUUUUACAAGUAGGCGGCCCACUGAUGAAAUGUUUUCAGAAGGUUCAAGCCUGAGGAAUUGGGUUACUAAUUCAGUUCCAAAUGCCAUAGAUCAGGUUGUAGAUACCAACUUACUAAGUGCAGAGGAAACACACAUAAGUGAAAAGAUAAAAUGUAUAUCAUCCAUUAUGAACAUGGCUGUAAAUUGUUCGGCAGAAUCUCCUGAAAACAGGCCAAGCAUGAAAGAUGUCGUCUCAUCACUGGAGAAGAUUAAAGUCCAGCUCCUUAAAUAUUGA